AUGAAAAGUGAAAAAGAGCUCGUCCUGUCGCCAGUCUGCGGCAUAAGGUACAAAACGCGCCCGGGUCUGGCUUACCACUACACGCACAUCCACAAGGACCAUCCGCAGUACCACCCGCAACCAUCGUCGGCUCGGACCGGGUCUUGCGAUUCCCCUGACAGGGAGAAGGACAGGAAUUCUGAUUCGAACCCGCUUUCGAACCCUCCGGCCCCGUCGUCGGAAUUCCAGGAGUCCAUUUUUGCCCAGCUCCAGGCUCUUGGACCGAGUGGUGGAAGGCCCAAGAAAAGCGCCACCGCGUCGUUGGCUGCCCCAGUUGCUUCAUCUGCUGCUGUCGCCCCUGCUCAACCGCCCCCGCCACCUUUUGUGCCGCCAGAGACGAGCAACGAUGAAUCCACCGGCGGUAGUAAUUUUGAGAACAGUUCUCCGAUGAAUACUGGGGACGCUGUUGGGUCGCCUGCUGUGGCUACCCCUACCCCGGCUGCAGAGGCGCCUGGUCGAGCGGCGCCUUCGAAUUACUGCGAUUUCUGCUUGGGCGACGUUGGGCUCAACAAGAAGACUCAUAAGAGCGAGGAGUUGGUGUCCUGCAGCGACUGUGGCAGAUCUGGACAUCCAACAUGCUUGCAGUUCACGGCCAACAUGAUCAUCUCAGUGAAGAAAUACCGUUGGCAGUGCAUUGAAUGCAAGUGUUGCACCACUUGUGGAACAUCCGAUAAUGAUGAUCAAUUGUUAUUCUGCGACGAUUGCGAUAGAGGCUACCACAUGUACUGUUUGAGGCCACCUUUGGAAGCACCGCCAGAUGGCAGCUGGAGCUGCGAACUAUGCGUCAAGGAAUUCCACUCCUGAGUUCGUUUUUUGGUACCUAAGCGUUCUGCAUUUUAUUUUUCUGAUGGAUGGAAUCGUUCUUGCCUGUUUUUAUUGCGUCGUAGGAUACGAAGAAUACCAAACCAACCGCCCGAAUGAAACCUUCUGUUAUUUUUUAGAGGAAAAAAAUGUUUUCUCUGCGAUGUGGUUCGUUAUUUGAACCAGCUGCAGUUCCAGUCUCUUCCUAUUGUUCAUUGUAUAAGACUGUGCAAAAAAAUCGUAUUGGAAUGUAUGUAACGGUGUUGGCAACUAUUUUCCGCGGAACUCCUGGCUCCAUUUUUUCCACUGAAGAUUUCUUCAGUUUUUGCCGAAUCAUGUGACUCGAAGGAAUGUGACAUUCUGAAAGAAA